GAGAAAUCCUAUCCGUCAACUUCUUAUCAUCCGUUCUGAAGUCUGAUAAUUUCAAUGAGAUCAGGCAACUGGAUUGACUCGCAUGACAAUAGCAGACCCAAAUUCUCUAGUUCAUGGAUUCGGGUAUUAUCCGGUUAUCAUCCCCAUUCACCCUCGAUCGCAGUUUCUUAUUGAAUUCCAAAAACGGAAUUCUCAACUUCCAUUCUCUCUGUAAAUUUUCUCCCUCAACAGAGUCUCCUUUACCUGAUAGGAGACCCUCAAAUUGCAGGCUGCAGAGUGGUAAAGCUCCAGACGACGGCGUCGUUUUCGACGAGUUGGCUUUUGAAGCCGAGAGGCUGAGCCUCGACGCCCGGGCACGGGAAUCCAUGGCCGAAGCCUCAAAAAGAGAGAUAGAGUCGGGUUCGGACGAUGACCCGAAGGCUUGGAAGUGGAUAAUUAGAAAGAGAAUUUGGGAUUUGAUGGAGGCCCGGAAUAUUGCCCAGAACCCGCGCCCCGUUCAUCACCGGAUUCCUAACUUCAUUGGCGCGUCAGUCGCUGCAAACAGAUUGGGUGAGCUAGAAGUGUUUCAGGCUGCCAAUUGCGUGAAGGUUAACCCGGAUUCACCUCAAAAGCAAGUCAGGUUGAUCACUCUGUCUGGUGCGAAAAAGUUGUUGACUCCUCAGCCCCGGUUGAGGACAGGGUUUUUCUCUGUACUAGAAUCUGGUAUCUUGAAUCCUGAUACCAUCGGUGAGGCAUGCACUUCUGUAGGAGUAGCCAAAUAUGGAAGAACAAUUGGACUGGAUGAAAAGAUUAAGGUCGAUCUGAUUGUCAUUGGCUCAGUUGCAGUCGACCCUAAGACUGGUGCUCGACUUGGGAAGGGAGAGGGAUUUGCAGAGCUUGAAUAUGGGAUGCUGCGUUAUAUGGAGGCUAUUGAUGACACUACACCAGUUGUCACCACUGUGCAUGACUGUCAACUGGUAGAUGAUAUUCCAGUCGAGAAGUUGUUGAUCCAUGAUGUCCCUGUCGAUAUUAUCUGCACUCCUUCCCAAGUGAUUUUCACAAAUGCAAUGAUUCCUAAGCCUCAAGGAAUCUACUGGGAGAAAUUGUCUCCAGAAAAGCUAGGACAAAUUCGCAUUCUAAGAGAGCUCAAAAGGAGAAUUGAAGGGGAGACUGGACAGAAGCUUCCUAGUGGCCCAUCUGAGAAGUUACCACCCACAGCUCAGCGAAAGUUUCGUGGAAAAAUUGGCAAGGACAAAGGAAAAUACUACAAAUGAAAAUAGCAUGUUUCUUGUUCUAACAGUAAAGGCUCUGAUUGGAGCGCAGUUACACUAAGGAAAAUAUGAAGUUUAUGUUAUAUAUAUUGUUUUGAUUCUAAAUUAAAUUCUAUGCAAAACUAUCACUUCA